GCUGGGGUUGGUGUUUACGACAGCCGAGCUUACUAGAGGUCUGAUAUGACAUGUAGCACCUCUCAUAUGGCUUCACUCUGGGGACUCAUACAUGCCCAGCGACCUCUUGACGCACAUCCGGCACACUUCCCCGGCACUAGAGGGGAAACCCAUCCCAGGUAUCCCAAAUCUCGACCUGGACAACUUGGAAACACUCAACAAGUUUGGAGACGAAGUAGCUCUCACGUCAAACGAUGAUCCAUUAAGUUACCCGGAAUGGAUCCAUGGUGCGACUCCCGACGCUGAUGGCAGAAUCAACAACGCCACACCAUGCGUAGUGGUUCUCGUCGAGAAGGGAGAGCGGGACCUGGAUGCGUUUUACUUCUACUUCUACUCGUUUAACGAGGGCAUGAACAUCAGUCAAGUUCUGGAACCAUUCAAUCGUAUGGUCAAGGGCGAGAAGGCCCAGUCAGGGAUGCACUUUGGUGAUCAUGUCGGAGAUUGGGAGCACAAUAUGAUUCGGUUCCGAGAUGGGAAGCCGACUGGAAUCUACUACAGUCAGCAUGUUGAUGGCGCCUCUUUCGACUGGGAUGAUUCAGCCCUCACAAAGACCGAUGGAAGGCCUAUCGUCUACAGCGCACGCGGAUCUCAUGCCAACUAUCCAACCAGGGGCAAUCAAAUACAUAACUCCGUCUUGGUCGACUACUGUGACGAAGGAAGAAGAUGGGACCCCAUUCUCUCAGCAUACUUCUACCAUUUCGAUAAAGAGUCCUUCACUGUCACUAGAUUAGACCCACCAGCCAAGUCAUCCCCAAUCCCACCACCAUCCUCGAAUUUGACAUCUUUCUUCUACUACUCCGGUCGAUGGGGAGACAUAGCAUACCCAGCUUCUGAUCCCCGCCAGGAAAUCGUCCCAAGGUUCGGACUCAAGAGAAUCGAGUCUGGCCCGACUGGCCCACGACACAAGCAUCUUGUCCGAAAAGGCUUGAAGCCAGACCAGAGGCGAAAGAUGGGAUGGAUGGAGUGGGGCGUCGGAAUUUACAUGUCCUUAUACCCGUGUUGUUUGAGAGGAUGGAGGAGGUGGGUUUUCAUGGGACUAAUCAUUGCAGUAUUUUCGGGAGCUGUCAUUGGGGCUGUCAUGGCUGUGAAGAGGUAUAGAAACAGGAAGUAUACGAGGUUACGGGCGGAGGAUAUACCAUUAGAUGACUGGGCUCUGGAAGACGAGGCACUGUUGUCUUCGUCUGACGAGGAAGAUGUGGAUAAACCGCGAAAGCUUGCUAAGCAACAUCAAGACAUAUAGGCCGGUCCGACAUUUACCGAGAAGAAUUUGAAACAUUAAGGGAAACUCUCACUUCAAUUCAGGAUGAAUGGCAUUGUAGCUCUUGUGAAGAAUAUCAUAUUGGGUCGUAGAAACUGGGUAUGCUAGCUGCCGCUGUUGCCCGCCGCCCGCGUAUCCAAUGGGCUACAGCCCUACACAAUUGGAAGUGUGACUGCUGUUGGUUCCAACUAGGCAAGAUAUUUGUAUCCGCACCAUAAGAUAUUAAGUUCGAACUGUCUGGUCCU